AGAUGUUGCAAGUGUGGGUUUUAUUCUUGCUAUCAACAGCUUGGGUAUCGGAUGCCGCAUCAUUUACCACUGAGCUAUCAAGUAACGCAGACAUGGAGUAUGAUGCUGCUACAUCUACAGGCCUGCCUUUAUUUGAAUCCGAAGAUGAAGGACCUUUAAUGAAAGGCAACAGUCAAGUCGGUACUAAAAUAUUUGGAGGGAAACCCGCCGACGAUGGAGAAUUUCCGCAUCAAGUGUCGCUGAGAAGAAGCACCUGGAAGGAGUUCCACUUCUGCGGCGGAUCCAUCAUCAGACCAAAAUGGGUGUUGACGGCUGCCCAUUGCACAAAGGAAUUAAGCGCUGAAGAAAUAACAGUGGUCGCUGGAACCAAUAGUGUGUCAUCAGGUGGCUCCAGAUAUGAAGUAGAAACAAUUAUGAAUCAUGAGGAUUUCAAUAAAUCAUCGCUUGUUAACGACGUUUCGCUUCUUGGAAUGGCAUCUGAAUUCGAAUACAGCUCAAAAAUUGCGCCCAUUGCCUUGGCAUCAGAAGAAACUCCUGUUGGAACAAAUACAAUAUCAGUUGGAUGGGGGACAUAUAAUGACUACGGAGACUCACCUGACAAAUUACAGAAGCUAAAUAUGUCAAUAGUAUCUUAUGAUACAUGUUUAGAGGCCUAUCGCGACUUGCAGACAUGGUACCCGUUAUCAGAGGUGGAUCAAAUAUGCGCCCAAGAUAGUCCAGGCCAUGCUACGUGUCGGGGUGAUUCUGGUGGUCCAUUGAUUGCAAAUAAUGAGAUCAUAGGGAUUGUGUCCUACGGUUUUAAACCCUGUGCCAGAGACUAUCCGGACGUGUUCGUAAAGGUUUACGCUUACAUCGACUGGAUUACAGACAAAGUUGAUUCGGAAUAAUUAUCGUCGUUAGAUGAUUCUACAAUAUGUGUGUUGCAUGAUUAAUAAAUAGAAAUAUGAGCAUUUCA